AUGGAGAACCAGCUAGAGGAAAAGGUCGCAUUCUUUGAACGCCUCGAAGCAUAUACGAAUGAUGACGAUGAUGAUGGAGAGGAUGAUAUCUUGGGCGCUGAUGAGGAGGCAUACAGGCAGAAAACCAAAGCCUUUUACUCCGUUGCGCCAACCACUUCCAAGAAUGGUUCACCUACUGCGCUAAGGGGAGUCGGUGCUGCUCCUAUGGAAUUGGCGUCAGACCCUAUUCAUAGCAAUAGCGAUCCCGAUGUAGAAAUCAUUGCUGUUACUCCCCGAUGUAAUGAGCCAAGAACCGGCGGUCUAAGCCUACAGGCAAGCAUCUCUGUUAGUAACAAGACUGUGCCUGAGACUGCAUCUGCAGCUGCUAGACAGCCACCGCGUCGCACAACACGUUCUAUGCGCUCAAGUCUUCUCACCAUACAUUCUAGCCCUAAAAGUGAUCCUUCACCCUCUGUUAGGAUGGGAAAACGCAAGAAGGAAGCACCCCUGAAACUGGCCCCUGAGGCACGCCGAAUUUUCAAAGACCUCUUAUUUUUUUACAUCCCUAAUGACGAUAUCAACCCGGCGCGCAGAUUGCAGAUCAGGAAAGCUCGGGAACAUGGUGCUACGUGGUGCAGGAAGCUAGACGAAGCGACUCAUAUAAUUGUCGAUAAAAAGCUUACCUAUACGGAUAUAGAGAGGCAGCUGCAAGAUGACCCCAGGUGGUCAGAAAAGGUGCUUGUCAAUGAAAAUUACCCCAUUGACUGCCUUAAGCACCGCAUAAUUGCAAAUCCUAACCAGAGCCAAUAUAAGGUUUCUGGGACCCCAACGCCUGCUGAGAAACCAGCAGACAAAACAGAACUGUCACGUUUAGACAAUGAUGAUGCCUCGCUCGAGUUAAAGCCAAGCCGCAGGAAGUCGGCGAGACGAUAUCGUUCGCCUGUGUUAAGCACCCAGUCGUAUAGCCAGAGCUCUUCUCAGAGAAGUGCUGCCUUGAUUUCAUCUUCCAAGAGGCAACGAAAUAAAAGCGCCACAGGUAAUGCCCAACCAGCGCAUGCACAAAAUGAGGCACCACCUUCAAAGCAGGCAAUUGAGACUGGUGUGGAUGAUGAACUCACACAGUGUAUAUCUGAGAUGAAAGCCACGGGUAAUAGCGACCUAUUUAGUGAUUCGUUAAUGGAUAACGAUGAUCCUGCUGGGCCGCCAUUAACAGAUGAAGUUGAGGUUCUCUCAGACUCUAGCAGCUCGGAUGAUAGGAGACCGUGGAAAAGGAGAACCAGGAGCAGCACUGGCCAUUCUAAGGGCAAAAACCCUUGGCAAGAAAAAUUCAUUUGCAUGAAGGGCGGGACUAAGGACCAUACGGACAGUAAUCCCAACGCGGAGACGAUCAAGGUUCUCCAGGAGAUGCUAGAUCAGCAUACUCUUACCGGUGAUAAUUUCCGUAUUAGAGCUUAUAGGUUAGCUAUCGCAACCUUACGAAUGCAAUCAAAGAAGAUAAGUACCGCUGAAGAAGCACGCGGCCUGCCUAAUAUUGGUCGAAUUGCAGACAAGAUCGAGGAGAUUGUCACUACGAACCGACUAAGACAACUCGAGUAUGCGCUUGAUGACCCUCGAAGGAAGAUCAUAGGCUUGUUUCUACAGAUCUAUGGCGUAGGCCAGAUUCAGGCUCACAAGUGGGUUGCCCAAGGCUUUCGGACGCUAGACGACCUAAAGAACAAAGCCGAUCUGAAUACCAACCAGAAAAUCGGGUUAGAACACUUUGACGAUUUGAAUACCCGAAUUCCACGACGGGAGGUGGAGGCUUUAGCUGAUUGUGUUAAAGACACAGCCGCGGCCAUUGAUCGCAACGUAGAGUUGAUUAUCGGAGGCAGCUAUCGGCGGGGAGCUGAUAGUUCCGGCGAUAUUGACCUGAUCGUGACCAAAAAGGGCACGUCUUCUACAAGCCAAUUAGCUCCGUUUCUGAACCAGCUAGUCGAUACAUUGUCCCGCGAAGGCUUUUUGACUGUUGCGCUUGCCGCUCAUCAUGGUAACGGCGACGAUACCGACGGUGGUAGUAAAUGGCACGGUUGCUGUGUGCUGCCAGAGAGUGCGUUCCCUGGUCCUCAAAGUGAAUAUCGCCCUAUAUGGAGACGUAUAGACAUUCUACUUGUGCCCCGGACCGAGCUCGGCGCAGCACUUAUCUACUUCACCGGAAACGACAUAUUCAAUAGGUCAAUACGGCUGUUGGCACAGAAGAAGGGCAUGCGGCUAAACCAGAGAGGGUUGUUUGGGAAUGUCCCACGAGGACAGGGGAAUACUAAGGUGAACGAAGGAACGCUGCUCGAGGGGCGAGACGAGAAGAAGAUCUUCGAGAUCCUUGGCGUUCGCUGGAGAGAACCGCACGAGAGGUGGUGUGGUUAG